UAAAAAUUUAUUUGAGAAUAAAGUUAUAGUCAUAAUUAUAGAAUUUUUCCUAAAACUAAUUAACUAGAUUUUGGUUGUAGCAGGGCAUAACUAUAUGUGUGUAUAUUAUAUAUAUAUGAUAGAAAGUUAUAUAUGUGUAAUAAGUUGAAGGGGGUUGGAGAGAGGUUUAGAUAUACAUAUAAUUAGAAAAUGGAGGUGGGAGACCUUUAUAGAGCUGGAAACAGCUUGAGAAAUAUUAGCUUGAGAAGUAGUACUUCUUCAGUAUGGAGAGGCAAUAAUAAUAAUAAUAAUAAUAAAGAUGAGUAUUUUUCAAAGUCUAGAAGAGAAGAUGAUAUAAAUGAUGAAGAGGCUCUUACUUGGGCUGCACUAGAAAAGCUUCCAACUUAUGAUCGUUUAAGAAAAGGGAUUUUGACUACUUCUAAAGGAGAGACAACUGAAGUUGAUGUAAUUAAUCUUGGUUUUAAACAAAGAAAAGACUUGCUUCAAAGAUUGGUUAAUGUUGCUGAUGAAGAUAAUGAAUCUUUUUUGUUGAAGCUCAAACAACGCAUCCAAACGGUUGGAAUUGACCUUCCCACUAUUGAAGUGAGAUUUGAGAAUGUUAAGGUGGAGGCAGAUGUUCAUGUGGGAAGUAGAGCUUUACCUUCAUUCAUUAACUUCUGCAUUAAUAUAAUCGAGAUGUUGGUAAGUUUUUUGCCAAUACUCAAAAGCAAAAAGAAACACGUGACCAUACUUGAUGAUGUUAGUGGAGCCAUAAAGCCAGGAAGAUUGACCUUGUUAUUGGGUCCUCCAAGUUCUGGCAAAACCACACUUUUAUUGACUCUAGCAGGAAAGCUUGCCUCUGAAUUAAAGUUUUCUGGGAGAGUGACAUAUAAUGGACAUGAAAUGAAUGAGUUCAUUCCUCAAAGAACAGCUUCUUAUAUCAGUCAACAUGAUGUUCAUAUUGGAGAAAUGACUGUAAGAGAAACUUUGUCUUUUUCGGCAAGAUGUCAAGGAGUUGGAACUCGCUAUGAAAUGCUUGCUGAAUUGUCUAGAAGAGAGAAAGAAGCAAAUAUCAAACCAGAUCCAGACAUUGAUAUCUUUAUGAAGGCAACGUCAACAGAAGGGCAAAAAUCAAGUGUGGUGACAGACUAUGUUUUAAAGAUUCUUGGUUUGGAAGUAUGUGCUGAUACAGUUGUAGGCGAUGAAAUGCUAAGGGGUAUCUCCGGAGGACAGAGGAAACGAGUUACAACUGGGGAGAUGCUGGUUGGGCCAUCAGGGGUAUUGUUCAUGGAUGAGAUUUCAACUGGCUUGGACAGUUCAACCACGUAUCAGAUUGUGAACUCAUUGAAGCAAUAUGUUCACAUCUUCAAUGGAACUAAUGUCAUCUCAUUACUCCAACCAGCACCAGAGACUUAUGAUCUUUUUGAUGAUAUCAUUCUUCUAUCUGAUGGUCACAUUGUGUAUCAGGGUCCUCGUGAAAAUGUGCUUGAGUUCUUUGAAUUUACGGGUUUUAAAUGUCCUGAGAGGAAAGCUAUUGCUGACUUUCUUCAAGAGGUAACAUCAAAGAAAGACCAAGCUCAAUACUGGACAAGAGGAGAUGAAGCUUACAGGUUUGUGAGUGCAAAAGAAUUUGUUGAAGCAUUCAAAUCGUUUCAUGUUGGACAGAAAAUAAGAGAAUAUCUUUCAACACCAUUUGACAAGACUAAGAGCCAUCCAGCUGCUUUGACAACAAAAAAUUUUGGUCUCAACAAGAUGGAACUUUUGAAAGCAUGCAUGUCAAGAGAGUACUUAAUCAUGAAAAGAAAUUCCUUUGUCCACAUCUUUAAGAUUGUCCAACUUUCGGUAAUGGGGUUGAUUCAUGGGACUCUUUUCCUAAGAACAAAGAUGCAUCACAGGACAUUAGAAGAUGGUACAAUCUAUCUUGGUAGUUUGUUCUUCGCAGCAUUGAUGAUAAUGUUUAAUGGAAUGUCAGAGAUACCUAUGACCAUUGCCAAGCUUCCAGUGUUUUACAAACAAAGAGAUCUUCAGUUCUUCCCUGCGUGGGCCUAUGCAGUUCCAUCAAUGUUGUUUAAGGUCCCAAUUGCUUUUCUAGAAGUAGCAGUGUGGAUCAUUUUGACAUACUAUACAACUGGAUUGGAACCAAGUGUUGUAAGGAUGUUUAGGCUUUAUUUUAUCUUAGUCAUUGUUAAUCAGAUGGCCUCCGGACUCUUUCGAUCUAUUGCAGCCCUUUCUAGGAAUAUGAUAUUUGCCAACACUUUUGGGUCCUUUGUGUUGCUCUUACUUAUGGUACUAGGCGGUUUCAUCUUGUCUAAAGAUGAUAUCAACAGUGGAUGGAUUUGGGCUUACUGGGUAACCCCUUUGAUGUACGGUCAGACUGGAAUUCUUGUUAAUGAGUUUCGUGGAAGCAAAUGGAAUAAGGUUACACCAAACUCAACAGAAACUCUUGGAAUUCAAGUGUUAAAAUCUAGAGGAUUCUUUACUGAUUCUUAUUGGUAUUGGCUUGGCUUUGGGGUGUUGGUUGCAUAUACUGUUCUUUUCAACAUUUUGUACACUUUGGCUCUCAAUUACCUUAAUUCAAUUGAAAAAUCACAAGCUCUUUCUAAUGAAGAUCCUGAGAAUAAUGAUCAUGAAAUCCAAGUUGGCAGAGAAACAAGAACCAAUGAAAUACAACAAACAUCAUCAAUAAAUAACACUGGUGAAAAUCAGAGUAAAAAGAAAGGAAUGAUUCUUCCAUUUGAGCCACAUUCCAUUACUUUUAAUGAUGUUAUUUACUCAGUGGACAUGCCACAAGCAAUGAAGAAUCAAGGUGUUGUUGAGGAUAAACUUGUUCUACUAAAAGGGGUUAGUGGUAGUUUUAGGCCUGGUGUAUUGACAGCUUUGAUGGGAAUCAGUGGAGCUGGUAAGACCACUUUGAUGGAUGUGCUUGCUGGUAGAAAAACCGGUGGAUAUAUUGAAGGCGAUAUUCGAAUUUCUGGUUACCCUAAGAAACAAGAAACAUUUGCUCGAAUUUCGGGAUACUGUGAGCAAAACGACAUUCAUUCACCUCACGUUACUGUUUAUGAGUCAUUGCUUUACUCAGCAUGGCUUCGUUUACCAACUGAAGUUGAUUCAGAAAAGAGAAAGAUGUUCAUUGAGGAAGUAAUGGAGCUAGUGGAGCUCACUCCACUUAGACAAGCACUAGUUGGAUUGCCUGGGGUCAGUGGUCUCUCAACUGAGCAAAGAAAGAGGUUGACAAUUGCGGUUGAGUUAGUGGCAAAUCCUUCUAUAAUAUUCAUGGAUGAACCAACUUCAGGGCUGGAUGCCAGAGCUGCUGCUAUUGUUAUGAGAACAGUUAGGAACACAGUGGACACUGGCAGAACUGUUGUGUGCACAAUUCAUCAACCAAGUAUUGACAUCUUUGAAGCCUUUGAUGAGCUAUUCCUUAUGAAAAGAGGAGGAGAAGAGAUAUAUGUGGGGCCAUUAGGUAGACAUUCUUGCCAUUUAAUCAACUAUUUUGAGGCUAUUGAAGGUGUGAGUAAAAUAAAAAAUGGUUACAAUCCAGGAACUUGGAUGUUGGAGGUUUCGAGCUCAGCACAAGAAAUAGCUUUGGGUGUUGAUUUCGCCAACAUUUACAAGAAUUCAGAGCUAUGCAAGAGAAACAAAGAAUUGAUUAAAGAAUUGAGCAGUCCAGCUCCUGGUUCUAAGGAUCUUUAUUUCCCAACUCAAUUCUCUCGAUCUUUGAACACUCAAUGCAUUGCUUGCUUAUGGAAACAACGACAGUCAUACUGGAGAAACCCGCUUUACACCGCUGUUAGAUUCAUGUUUACCACUUUCAUAGCCUUGAUCUUUGGUACAGUGUUUUGGGACUUGGGAUCUAAAAGGUCAAAUAUACAAGAUCUUAGCAAUGCAUUGGGAUCCAUGUACUGUGCUGUUUUGUUUAUCGGUAUACAAAAUGCAUCAUCCGUACAACCAGUAGUUAGCGUAGAAAGAAGUGUGUUUUACAGAGAAAAAGCCGCAGGAAUGUACUCUGCUUUUCCUUAUUCAUUCGGACAGUUGGUGGUUGAGAUUCCAUACAUAUUGUGUCAAAGUGUAGUUUACUGUCUAAUUGUGUAUGCAAUGAUUGGUUUUGAAUGGACUGCUAUAAAGUUCUUCUGGUUCUUGUUCUUCUCAUUCUUUUCAAUGCUUUACUUCACUUUCUACGGCAUGAUGGCUGUGGGAAUCACUCCAAAUAAUCACAUUGCUUCCAUUAUUUCCUCUGCCUUUUACUCAGUAUGGAACCUUUUCUCAGGAUUCAUUAUCCCUCGGACAAGGAUGCCAGUAUGGUGGAAGUGGUACUAUUGGGGUUGUCCAGUAUCAUGGACAUUGUACGGACUGUUAGUAUCCCAAUAUGGAGAUGUGGAUGACGUGAUUAACGCCGUUACAGGUGAAACUGUGAAACAAUACUUGAGAAGCUAUCUUGGUUACAAACAUGACUUCAUUGGAGUUGUUGCCGUUGUCAAUGUCUUAUUCGCUCUUCUUUUUGGAUCCAUCUUUGCCUUCUCUGUUAAGAUCUUAAAUUUUCAGAAUAGAUAAUAUACUUCAUUAAUUAUAAUUUUAAUUACUAAAUAAAAUCUCUCAAAAACUAUUUAUAUGUAGGGAAUUUUUUGAAAGACAUUAUAUAUUUUUUGUCUUUUCUAAUUUUUUUUUUGGAACGAAAUUAUAAUCUAAUUAUUUUUAUAUGAUA